AGGGUGUGGCUCAGGACGUUUAGGAAAGCCGGUGCGCUUGACUGAUGCCGCCAGCAUCGGCGCAAGUGCAGGCCGCGUGCUUGAGGCCUGAUGGGUCGCUGUGCAGCAUCCCCAUCUCCUUGCGGAACUUGGUAGUAACGGGCACCAGCAGCAUGGCGGAGUGCGGCGAACGCUUGGCUCAGCAGUUGAGCUUCGGGCAUUUUGCUGUGCCCGGUGAUGUGAUGAAACCUGAGGUGCGCCUGAGCGAGGUCGCGGGUGUCAGUGUCAUGGUUUUGCAGAUGCGAAAUCUAGACAGAGGCUACUUGCUCGCCGUCAGGCCCAGCAAGGGCCUGCCGCCCUUUCCAGAGAACACCGUGGCAAACAGGAUGCUGCACAAUCAGCAGCUGCGGGUCUUCGGAUGCGCUUUGGUGAUGCGUCAUACCUACUCAGCCCAGACAGCGACGAACAGCUACAUUCCCGUCUCCAUUGCAGAUGCCAACGCCUUGAUCCAGGCGUUGCCUGGUAGCGCUGCGCUUCUCGCAGAGGCUCAGAAGCUUGCAGCAGCACGGAAGGCAGAACGAGAGCUGGUGCAGGAGUUCACCGCCAGGCCGCUGGGUGAAUCGGCGGCUGCGGCCGCCAAAGCUUCAGGUCAAAGCUUCAGCCUGCGCUCCUUUGGGAUGACUUCCGGCGGAUCGGCUGCAAGAGAUGCAGCAUCACUGACAGCAACAGCUGCGAAAGCCUCGGCAAAACCAGCCCCGAAGGCCCAGCCACCAGUCGCGAAGCCCACGUCGCAUCCGACGCCUGCGACAGCCCAGCCCAAGGCCUCGCAAGCCCCGCCCCCGGCUGCAAAGGCCAAGUCGCCUGUUGGAGCUGGCACCAGCCGCUUGCCAGAGCCUUGCCCCAUUUGCGCCAACACUUACCAGCUGACUCGUCACAUGAAGCAGAAGGCCAAGUGCUGCAAGCAGCGGGUCUGCUCUGAGUGCAGCACGGAGGUCUUGAAGCUCGCUGGCGAGAGGCGUGCGCCCUGCCCCUUUUGCCGUCACAGGCCGUUGGAAGUGCAGACAGCAUCGGACCUCGAGGACGAGCCGGAGGUUGAAGAAGCGCGGCAAGCCCGUUUGGCUGAAGAUCGUCAGCUGGCCCAGGUCUUGCAGCACAUUGAGGACGAGGGUAUGGAGACCUUUGCCAGCCGCCUUCGCCAGAAUCGCCAGAAUCCGACCCGUCCAGCCAAAACAUGGCUGUCCGUGGCACACGAAGGCAGAGUCACGGCCCUUGAGGCGGAAGUGGCGCAGCUGCGCGCCUUGCUCGGAGCUCGGCAAGCCAUGCCUCGCGUGAGCUCAACUUCCGGGUCCAGCGCCACCAACCAGGCCUCAGGCUACGCACCGGCGCUCAAGACCGUACUUUGCCGGUACUAUGAGGCGGGCCGUUGCUCACAAGGAUCUGCCUGCGCGUACGCUCACGGGAAGGGUGAGUUGCGGCGGGCAGACUCCGCACACGGCACACCUGCCACCUACAAGACCCUGCUUUGCGAGUUCCACGAGAGGGGCAUGUGCAGGCGUGGCUCCCAAUGCACUUUUGCCCAUGGACGCAAUGAGUUGCGAACCACAUCAGGGCAACCGCAAGGAGCUAGCGGUGUCGCUGUGGUGCAUGGCAGUGGCUCGGCAUCUGCACUUCGACGUGAACCUGCCAACUACAAGACCCUGCUUUGCGAGUUCUACGAGCGUGGGUCUUGCAAAUAUGGCUCCCAAUGUACCUUCGCGCAUGGACGCAAUGAGUUGCGAGCCACAUCAGGGCAAACUCAAGGAUCCAGCAGCGCAGUGAAGACUUGGCUUGCAGCACGUAGUCUUUGUUGUCAAGCAGGGCUGGGCACACUCCCUGCCCGCAGCAUGGAGGGACAGACAGAGAUCGCUGCGUGGCGCCAACGCUUGCAAGAUGCCAAAUCUGCCAGGCAAGGAUUCGCUUUCCCAGCAUCACUCAGUCCAGCGGAUCGCAAGGUCAUACAUUUGCUUUGCGAGGAGCUUGGCAUUGUGCAUGAAUCACGUGGCGAAGGCGCCGACCGUCGCAUCCAUGUCUCUUUUGAACGUGCCUCGAGCCAUGGGUCCAAUCACAGCGAUUACGAAGAUUACGAUGACUUCUUUGACAGCUACGGCUAUGACCCGGACAGCCUGAGUGAUUGACUUGGCCUAUGCAUGAGCAGUUUGUUGAAUCGGAAUGGAGUACGGCUAUCUGCUAGCGUGGGAUAGUCUUGUAGUCCACCUCGUUUCAGCGCGUGGCCGAAGCUAAAAGUCCGAGCCAGG